CGUCAUGAUAAAGUAGGCGUGUCCGCAUGACGUCACUCAGAAGAAACGACAGUAAAGGGAGUUUCAUGAACUGAUUCAGUUCUUCCAGCAGGACACAGUUUCCAGUUUGAAGGUUCUCCAGUCAGGAAACUCAGUUAAACUCUACAGAUCAACUCUGAAGAAGCAGAAAAGCAGACCAAAGGAGAGAAAGUGAAAGUGUCAUGUCUUCCUCCAGCAGUCUCCUGUCUGAAGAUCAGCUCCAGUGCUCUGUCUGUCUGGAUGUGUUCACUGAUCCAGUCUCGACUCCAUGUGGACACAACUUCUGCAUGGUCUGUCUCAAAGAGUGCUGGGACAGCAGUUCACACUGCCAGUGUCCAGUUUGUAAAGAGGAAUUCUCCAAAAGACCUGAGCUACGUGUGAACACGUUCAUCUCCGGACUGGCUGCUCAGUUCAAGAAGUCAGUUCAGGUCAAAUCCAGCAGAGCUCCAGAGAAACGUCCCUCCAAAGCUAAAAAUGUGCUGUGUAACUACUGCACAGAUGAAAAGCUGGAGGCUCAGAAAUCCUGUCUGGACUGUGGAGUAUCUUACUGUGAGACUCAUCUGACGCCUCAUAAAACUGUAGCUAAACUCAAGAAACACAAACUGAUGGACCCUGUGGAGAACCUGGAGGACUACAUCUGCCAGAAACAUGAGAGACCCCUGGAGCUGUUCUGUAGAGACGACCAGACGUGUGUGUGUCAGUUCUGCACUGAAGGAGACCACAAGACUCACAGCACUGUUCCUAUAGAGGAGGAGAUACAAGUGAAGAAGAUUCAAAUGAGAACGACACAGACAGAAGUUCAGCCGAUGAUCCAGGACCGACUGAAGAAGAUUGAGGAAAUCAAACACUCUGUAGAGCUCAAUAAAAAAAGCACAGAGAAGGAGAAAGCAGACAGUGUGGAGGUCUUCAGAGCUCUGCUGCGCUGCAUUGAGAGAAGCCAGGCGGAGCUGCUUGAGGUGAUGGAGGAGAAGCAGAAAGCAGCAGAGAGGCAGGCUGAAGAGUUCAUUAAAGAGCUGGAGCAGGAAAUCACUGAGCUAAAGAGGAGAGACACUGAGCUGGAGCAGCUCUCCCACACUGAGGACCACCUCCACCUCCUACAGGUUUACCCGUCCCUCUGCAGCCCCCCACACACCAAGAACUGGACUGACGUCAGGAUUAACACUCAUCUGAGGGUGGAGACUCUGAGGAGAGCUCUGUCUCAGCUUCAGGAAGAGCUCAGUAAGGAGAUGGAGAAGAUUGGCAAGUAUUUACUCAUCAAAAUGGAAAGAAUUCAACAAUAUGCAGUGGAUGUGACUCUGGAUCCUGAUUCAGCUCAUCCUGAACUCAUUCUGUCUGAUGAUGGAAAACAAGUGAGACUUGGAGACAAACGACAGAAUCUCCCUGACAAAGCAAAGAGGUUUGAUCCAUUGUGCUCUGUGCUGGGAAAGGAGGGGUUCUCCUCAGGGAGAUUUUACUAUGAGGUUCAGGUCAGAGGGAAGACUGACUGGGAUUUAGGAGUGACCACAGAGUCCAGUAACAGGAAGGGGGUCAUUACAGCCAAACCUGAGAAUGGAUACUGGAUUGUGUUUCUGAGGAAUGAGACUGAAUAUAAAGCUCUGGACUCUCCUCGUGUCCACCUCUCCUUGAAACAGGCUCCCCAGAAGGUGGGGGUGUUUGUGGAUUAUGAGGAGGGUCUGGUCUCCUUCUAUGAUGUUGAGGCCAGUUCUCAUAUCUACUCUUUCACUGGUCAGUCUUUCACUGAGAAACUCUGUCCGUUAUUCAGCCCUCACCAUAAUAAUGGAGGUAAAAACUCAGCACCACUGAUCAUCACACCUGUUAAACAUUAGAAAUAAAGACCAUAAACCCAUUUUAUUAUGUCAGAAAAACUCACUGUAGUGUUCUGGCAUUGCCGAGCAAUGAAACAAUCCCACAAUACACUACAUGAUUAAUUAAUGAAUGGAUAAAUGAAAAGGUAACUAAUUAAUUGAUAAAUAAGCAGAUCAGUAGACUUGGACGUGUCCACUGUAAGUCAGUUGUACAGUGUUCUAAUACUGUUGAUCACAGGUCUCCUUUUAAUGACCUGAAACAAUAAUGAAUUUGUCAGUAUCAGUUUGAUUGGUGAAUCAUAGGAACCACAGCCUUUUUUAUAUACCAGUAAAACUCACACGACACUUUGGCCGCUGUUUCAUGAAGCUCUUUUUUGCCUACAUUGGAUGUUUAUAUUUAUGAGGUUAUCAUUUUUGUUUGUGGGACACUUAUGAAAAAUACUGCAAAUGUCAAUUAAAUAAAAAUAAUUUAAAUGUUAUUAUUUUGUAAAACUGAUCAAAUUAAUUUCAUUUUCUUCAAAAAUGUAAUAAGCAAAAUGAAACUGAUUUUCAUCCUUAAUGAAAGACAAUAAACAAAACAGCAACAUU